AUGGCCAACUCUUUGAUCGUAUGCACAUUACUGAGUGGCUCUGACUCUGGUAGACUGUUACCUACACUCCGAUCCACUAGGUGGCAACACGGCUGCUUAUCUGCUACUAACCAAAUACUGGCAGAGGUACAGAAGUUGUUUAGCAGUGGCCGAGAUGGGUGAAAACUCCUCGGAUGAGAAUGAAUUUGAUGACUGGUUUAUUGAGUCUUUGAAAAUGUAAGUACGAAUUAUUUUGUGAAAUAAUGAAAGUGAGUUGAGACUUCUAUGAUAUCUUUUAGUUGCUUAAAUCAUGCUUCACGUGUCUCUGUGGGAAAACAAUAGGGCUACAUUCACAGCACUGGAGGUUGGUGGCACCUUAAUUGGGGAGAACGGGCUCGUGGUAAUGACUCGAGCGACAAUAGUGGAAUGGUAUCAAACACAUGGUUUCCAGGUGUUUGAUGCCAUUACAUUUGCGCCGUUCCGGCCAUUAUUAUAACCCGUUUCCCCCCCAGCAGCCUCCUGUGAUUCACAGGCGCAAUGUUUUAGGACGUUGCAGAUAACAGUAUAUACUUGCUGAUUUCUUAUUAAUUGUGCUGCACCUGCUCUAAACCGAGUUCACCUUACAGACGUACUUCUCUUUCAGAUACAAUAAUAUUCAUGAGUAUCAACUUGAACAUCCUACAAGAGUAAUUGAAUGGACAUCAGAAAAAAGUAGGCCUAUUCAUAAUUCUACAAGGCUACAGUACGUUUUGAUUAUAACCAACCAACCACAUUGAUUGUGUUUAAUUGCCUUUUUGUCUUUAUCCCACAGCUAUAUGUGUUGCAGGUUACAGUUCAGAUAAAAAUGAAAUUUUAGAGCUGCUUUUGCCACUGAAACUUUUCGCUGAUGAUAAUCAGGUAAUGGAUUGAAAUGAUUAAAGCAUGAAACAAAACGUUUCAAGAUAUCAAUUAUGGAUUGGAAUGUCACUGACUACCAAUGUGUCUAUUCAAUGUGUGCAGGGUCUUUGUGCAGAGCGAGAUUUCAAAGUGGUCCAUGGAGGUUUCUCAGACGGCUCCGUUCAUUGCCUCAAACACAUUCCAGGAACAAGGUAUAUCAUAGUAACAAUUCAUGAUGUAACUUCCUUUUGUUGUCAUGAGCUUUCAUCUUCUUAAAUGGCUACUUUCAAACUCGUGUUUCUUGUUAAGGUGUGUUGUUACCAAUGAUGGCUUCAGCUCCAAUGUCCAGGUGUGGGACUUAGGAGGAGACGAUUGUGGUGAGUAGACCUACUGUUUCCUUGGCUCCUUUUCUGUGUAUUACAGUAUAAUAAGACUGCAGUUCCUAUCUACUCUCCACUAUACUGUACGUUCAAAUGAUGAUUUACAACCUGAUUAGGCCCCAGUCAUCGUUGGUCUUACCCACAUUGAAACCAUAGUUCUGUUGUGUGAUUUGUCUUCAAAUGAUAGAUGUCAUAAAGAGGACAGGAGUUUUACAACUGAAGAGUGCAUCAUCAGAUAAAGGUGUCAAAAUAGCCCCUGGAUUAACUGGAGGCCCAUGUGUUCUUCAUGGCUCUCGGAUCAGCGAUAUUCAACUGACUGAGCUGGCGUCAGGGAAGCCAUUCUACUCUCUGGGUAAUAACCUGUUUUAUACAUCAUGACACUGAAGCAUUCUAGGGAACUCUAAUUUGCUAGAGAGUAUAAUAUUGGUGUACAAACACGUGUAUAACAGUCAUGGAUAUCUUUUUUCCUUCCAUCACAGGGACAGACAUUCCAGAUUUACUAAGCUCCCUGCAAUUUGUGAGUGCCAGUGUAUUUCUCGCUUGUGCCUGCAAUGGUGACCUGUAUGUGGGGGACACACGAAAGCCUUCCGCUCUUCAGAAUACCCCAGCUGAAGGGAGAGAGGGCGUCCACUGGUGUAUGGGUGUUAAGACAGACCUGUCCUCAUCAGACCCAUCCUCCUGUAGUGUAGCAAGGCUCUCCUCCUCCUGCCAAGUGGUUGUGUCUGACCUUAGGGAUCUGAGAGCCCCUGUGUGUCAAGCCCAGCUUGAUGUCCAGAGGAAAACUACCAAUGAUGACUUCAUGAAUGUGACAUGGGCGCCUGCUUUAGACAACUGUCUUGCUGUGUCAGGUGAGCAAAAUGUCACUCCUUCAUCCUGCUUUAUGUGAUUAAUUAAUGUCUUAUGGAUAGUACAAAGUAGUUUCUUGCUUUCUAAAUAUAUUUUCCAAUUGAAGGCUCUUGUAAUAUAGAACUUGUUCUUAAUUUUCCAUUGAAUCUGUCUUCUCUUCUAGGUUUUGAUGGAAUGGUGCAAAUAUACAACACUGCCUCUUGGAGACCAGAGUUGAUGGAAUUCCAGCCUCUUUUUGUCCACCGAGGUCACAUGAUGUCUGAUGAUCAGUUUGACACUUCAUCAGCUGUGGUCACCACUCAUGUUUGGCAUCCAAGUCGACCUAGGACUGUCCUCUCUGCUGCUGUAGACGGGUCUGUGCAUGUAUGGGACUGGGUCCACAAAGCCACUGCCAGCUGUUGACGUUCAAACACACUUACAGCUCAAUGUUAACAAUUAUGCAGCUUUGGCCCAUGCCUGAAGUCUACAUAUUCUUUUCAUUAUGUAAAUAUGUAAGGAAAAAACCUGCUCUGUAAAGCACUAUUGUGAUGGGAUAAGAUGGCGUAAAAAUGACACUUGUUCGUCUUCCCAUUCUUAUGAGUAGUUGUUAUUCCCAUACUGUACACACAUUUGCAUGGAAGACGUAUUCGGAGGUUGUACUAUUAUAUUUGAUAAAAGACAGAAUGUUCACUUUUGUUACACAUUUGAUAAUGCAAUUUUCAGAAGUAAACUGAUCUCUUCAUGUACCUGCUAAAUAAGACAAACCCUGGACAAUGAACGUAAAGGUGGACGGCAGUAUCAUUCCGUCACAUUUUCUUUCCCUCACAAUAUUAUGUCAAUCAAACAGAUCAACAACACAGCUUAUUAGAUUUUUACAUUUUAUUUUCAAAAGACAGUUCUGCAUGCCAUUCACAUAAAUUAUUAACAAUACAUUUUAUGCAUCUUCUGCAUAGCCAAGGAUGCAGGCAGGUAUAGUAAUGUGGAGGUCGUUGAGGCAUGACUACUAUUGUAGCAUAAUUUAGAGACAAUAAUUUUGGCACAUUGGAGUUAUCAGCAAAUUAAGCUGAUCUGUCCAUUAGCAGGCACUACAGAGUGGCUCACUGUCAGUGCAUUACAUAGGGUCUGAACAACAGCAUCAAUUAUGAUUAUUUAUUUGUUUACAAAUUAAGUACCGGUAGUCAUACAUUCACAGUGCUAUGAGGAUUGUUUGUGAACUGGCCAAACACAAUAGAAAGUGCUUAAAGACAGGAAUGGAGUGUGUGGGAUCAGGAAUCCAAUGCAGUUUGAACAGAUGAGUCACAGUAGAUGAGCAACCACUUGAUGAUACAGGGAUCUCUGUUCAUUCAAUAGGGAGCAUGACUUAAAUUAACGCCUGAGGAGCAGAGGUGUGGCCUGAUCAUGGCCUGUAGGUGGUUGUAGUCUUCAAAGUGUGCUUGGCAAACAUGAGGAACUUGAACUUGUCACGAAAAUUUAUAUCUCUAAUUAAUCAAACUUAAUG